UUUUUGUUCACAGCCUACAUCAAAUAGAAUUUUUUAAGUUAUUAAUGAUUAGCUAGUAAAAUAAAAAAAACUAGUUAUAAACUGUAAAUAGAGAGUAACACAUGGAUUAAAUUAUCGCAAUGAAUUAUCUUUAUAGAGUGCUAUACAAAAUCUGUUAUUUUCUAGUAAUAGUGUUUCCGUAUACUAAAUGCACUACAGAGGAAACUUUGCAAAAACUAAAAGAUAACUUUUUGAAUAACCCUAUGGAAGACUGGAUUUACAAAGACCGCUAUUUGACGUUAAAGCAACUAGGGCUUCACUAUUUAGAUGUUAAUCGAUCAAUUCGUUACCCGCGUCAGCCAUCAAACCGAAUGAAAAAUGCUUUUUAUAGAGCUAUAAACGGCGAAAAUAUGAAUGUAGCAUUGCUGGGUGGUUCCAUAUCAGCCGGAGCAACACUUUUUAAAGAUAACAAUCAGCACAAAAUAUUUUUUUAUGCUUUACAAGAUUAUUGGAAUAAAACAGUAACACCUAUAACUGGUUCAAAAAUGAUGAUUCAUAAUUAUGCAAUCGGCGCUACAGGUAGCGAUUUUUAUUCUUAUUGCAUUGAUAACUAUGUGCAAGGUAAUGCAACAGAUUUAGUUAUAUGGGAGUUAUCUGCUAAUGAUUACCAUAGAUUUGAUAAUCGAGACGUUCCUCCUACUUUGCCUCUUGAAAUACUAACAAGAAGUGUUAUGCGCUUAAAGCGAAAACCAGGGUUACUUUACGCACAUUUUUUUCGUGGAAAAGAUUAUCGAAAAGAAUUAGAGUGCAAUAACUUAGAAUCGGACGGAGCAAACUAUUUAUCUAGGUAUUAUCGUGUUCCGUCAAUUAGUUGGAAAAAACUAGUUUGUCGUAAGCUUAUUUUAAAUGAACAAAAAAUGUUUACUAAAUUGUUUGCCCAGGAUUCGUCACACCCAAGUUUGCUAGGACACGCUCAAAUGGGAUUUCUUCUGAUUCAUUUGAUACGCAAGUUAUUCAUUCAAGUUAUAGAUGACGUUCUUACCAACUUAUCGCAAGACUAUUUGUCAUUACCUGGGACGAUAAGUCUAGAACCGGUUGUAAUAGAACCUAUGCUCAAGCCCGUUUUUACAAAAACAGACCUUGUUGCUAGUGAUCCACUUUGCUUUACAUUUAAUAUUCCAAGCAAUGGUCAAACUCCUUUCAAUUUAAAGAAAAUUCUAAAAGUAGUUCGAAACGAUGGUUACGUUAUUUCAACAGCGCACGGUUUUAUAGUAAGAAAGGAUAAAACAGAAGGUCUGCGUACAAAGUUACCUAAUAAAGAGCUACAUAUACAAAUCAAUGUUCCGACACAUCAACAAACACCAUCGAAAGAGUGGAUGAUUUUGAUAGGUUCAUAUUCUAAUUUUGGAGGAGCUAUGUUUUUCAUAGACAAUAAAUUAAGUCGCGUUAUAGAAACAGAAAAAUAUGCAUACGGAAGUAUUGUAGCAGCGGUAGCAACUAAAGUAAAACCAGGUAGACAUGAUCUAGUAAUCAAAUCGCUAAAAUCUGGAUUUUUUAUAUCAUCUGUGAUGUUAGGCUAAAAUUCUUUAUUAGUCUUGUAUAUUGUUAAUUAGAAUUUAUUGUAUAGACGUUUGAGUAAAAUACUAGUGUCGUGCAGAAAAUACGAGUUUUGCUAUUUAUUUGUAUAUAUUUAUCAAACUUUUGUAAUUUUAUUAUAAUAAAAUAUUUUUACUUAAA